AUGUCGGCCGCAUCGCUCAAUCACGCGCGCUGGAGCCAGGCCGAGGUCAUCGUGCUCGACAUUGGUAAACUCGCACGCCAUGCCUGGGCCGACGCCGACUUCCAAACCCUCAUCGCUUCGUUUCCCCCCGACUGCAGGCAGAACCCCGAUGCCCUGCUCGCCCACGUCCAAGACCUGACGCGCCGCGACAUUAAAGCUGUGUAUUUGAAGCAGCUACAAGGACAUCUAUGGACAACGGGCUUUCGCGACGGCCACCUCAAGACUCCACUGUUUGAAGACGUGGUGCCUACGCUGGAAGCCUGGAAAACCGCUGGCAAGACGCUCGUCAUCUUCUCGUCUGGCAGCGUGCAGGCCCAGCUCCAGUUCUUUUCCUACGUCAGCGACGGCCCGACUAGCACCAGAGACAUCAAGCCUCUGUUUUCCGCCCAUUACGAUACCGUCAACGCUGGGCCCAAGCUUCAAGAGGCUUCUUACCACAAGAUCUGUUCGGACUUGGGAAAGCAUAGCGACCAGGUCGUCUUUCUGACAGACAACGUAAAAGAGGCCGAAGCUGCAACACUUGCCCACGUGUAUGCUGUUGUCGUAGACCGUCCGGGUAACGCAUCCCUGUCUGAUGCUGCAAGGGCGAGGUUUCCCGUCAUACAAAAGCUGACGGAUCUGCCGUCCGUCGCAUAACAAUCUAGUAAUCACACUUGGGUGGUUUUUUUUUCUCCCUGUUAAACUUUGAUUUUCUGUUGCCGCCCUGCCCC